AUGGUCAUUCGACGAAGAGGAAAGGAACCACCCAUGCGCCGCGGAUGGGACAGUGAACAAGACUUUCGACGGCGCGACAGAAGAUUUGAGAAGGAGCGAGAUGAAGUCUAUCUCCGCUCACGGCCUAGACCUCCACCUUCUCGUGGGGUGGAAGUGGAGGAAAUUUUGGACGAAAGACCGGCGGAGCGACCCCGGGGCGCCAUGGAGCGCCAAGAACGAGAAUUUGAAGAUGAUGAUGUACUCAUCCGGUGGAAGGGCAAAGGCCGCCGGCCACCCCACCAAGGCGAUGAGGAGGAGCUUAUUUUGCGCGAACGACGAGAGCGACGGCAGAGCCCUCCAGUGGAAGAACUCGAACGUGAGCUGAGAGAACUCCGUCGAGCUGACAGAAAGGAAGAUCUAGUGGAUGAUGAGAUGUCAACGCGCUCCACAUUUGAUUCCAAAUCGCACCCCCGAGACCUCGAAGAGGAUGAGGAGCUAGAUGAAGAAAUCCGAAUCCGAAAGACCAAGAACAAGCACCCUUCACGCUCACCUUCACCUUCCAUGGAGUCAAUCCAUGUUCCUCCGAUUCACCAAGAUGUUUUUACACACCACAGGCACAUCGAUCAUGGUUUCGAAGAUGGGCAUCCACCUCAUGUGCCUAGUCCAGGUUUUAGGAAAAAAGGCAGCUUUGACGAAAUCGAUAUCCGCCAUCGGAAACUGCGAGGUGGCCGAAUGUCCGAAGAGGAUAUAGCCAUCAAACACCGCAAUAGCGAUGAGUCAAUCUCUCCGACAAGCCAUCCAUCUGUGGACUUCCAUGAUCCAUGGGAGCGUGGCACAUCCACCUCUCGUCGGACCAGACCAUUGGAUGAUGACAACGAAUCCUUAGGUACUGCGAGGUCGUUUAGCCGUAGCAGAAAGGAUGCACCCAUCAUGCAUGAUCUGGAAGAAGAUAUUGAAAUCGAGAGCGCCCCGACAAAAAUACGCGCCCCUCAGGACACUGAUGGUUGGUCUGUAGUCCAGGCACCCACGCGGGAAGAAGCCAUCGAGAUGACAGGAGCUCUGGACAUCAUUGAAGUCAAACCCCGGCGCAAAUCCGUGGAACAAGCAGAGUCAGGGCGAGUUGCACAGCAGAUAACCGAGCCCAAGGUUGUGCGAGAUGACCGAUGGACUGAAAUUACUAAGAAGCUAGUAGUCAGAGAAGCGAUCGAAGAGAUGGGGUAUGAAUAUGAAGAGACACGGGCCUAUUACUACAUAUUUUCUUACCUCAAGCCGGAGGACAUAGAUGAGCUUGUUGAUUUGACCGAUUCUAUUCGCAGCGCACGCCGCAGGCGGAUCACUGAGAUCCAUCGUGAACGUUCAUCUGUGCCGCCGCCCAUGCCGCGCGUGCGGCCACACAUGGGUCCUCCUCGUAUGGGCAUGCCCCCGCGUGCACGUAUGAUGGAGAAGCGUAUGCGCGAGAUGAGAGAUCGAGAUUGGGUGCUUGAACCCCAAUGGUGA